AUUUGUGUGAUUUAAAUGUAUAUUUUAUUUUAGGAAACAAGAAUUGAGGGAAUUAAAAAUGUUGCAAAAGCAAGAAACAAAACAGUUUCAGGAUUUAGCUCUGAAGGCACAGUUUAAUAGAGAACAGCAAGAAAAGAAAUUUGAGCAAGAAAUGAUGCUGCUGGUAAGAAAUUAUGAUAAUGACUUGGAAGCCUUAAACAGACAACAGAAGCAAUUAGUUGAAAAAGCAGAACAGCAGCAAGAUUUAGAUUUGAAGUUUGCUUCUAAAAAAAUACGGGCUGAUCAGGAGCGUGAAAUCAAAGCUUUCCGCGAAUCUUUAAAAAAUGAAUUCAAAUUUCUAAAGCAAGAGACUGAUACAUUACCAAAAGACAAACGAAAAGAUGUUUUUAGGGUUCGUCGAGAACAAAUGGAACUGGAUCACAUUGAAAGGGAGAGAAUUUUCGUGGAACGUCUGAAUGAAAACCAUGAUUUGGCUAUGAAAAGAUUAGCAGAUGGCCACAGAGAAAAAAUAGCACUCCUAGAACGACAAUUUUUACAACAAAAGCAGCAGCUUCUUCGAGCUCGUGAAGCUGCAAUUUGGGAACUUGAAGAAAGGCAUUUACAUGAGAAGCAUCAGUUAGCUAAGCGACAGUUAAAAGACUUAUUUUUCCUUCAAAGACAUCAGAUGUUGGUGAGGCAUGAAAAGGAGUUAGAACAGAUACGUCGCAUGAAUGAUGCUAAAGAAGAAGAAAUGUUGAAGCAACAGGCUGUAGAAAAACGUCAGUGGCCAAAAAGAAUGCGUUCUGAGAUGAAAACUAGGGAGUUGAUGUUUCGGGAAAGUCUACGUAUUAGUUAUGCAAAUUUGUCUGAAUCCCAUGAAGACGAGAGAGAGAAACUUAGAAAGUUCCAAGAAGGUGAAAAGCGUCGUUACAAAGCUGAGCAACAGCGUCAAGAAUUGAAACAUAAAAAACAGCUAGAAGAAUUAAGAGCUCAUGCUGAGGCUACUGUGAAGGAACUGGAGCAAAUGCAAAAUGAAAAAAGAAAGAUGUUAAUGGAACAUGAAACCUUAAAAUUGAAGCAGUUAGAAGAAGAACAUUUAAAUGAACUUAAAGAAUGGAAAGCAAAUCUUAAGCCUCGUAAACAGAGACUUGAAGAAGAGUUUGCUCAUCAGCGAGAAGAACAAGAAAGAUUUUAUGGCACUUCUGCUUACCUCCAAGAUUAUUUAUCAUCAGGAUGUGAAUCCCCUCAUGCACCUGGAACUCCAAACUCUGAAGCUUCAUUCCCUCGUAAUUUCUAAUUCAGCUAUGUGCAUUAUUUUGAUUUAAUCAUUUGUACAGUGCUUAAAGUAUUCUCACAUUGUUGUACUUGCAUAAUGCUUGGUAUGAUGUCUGAUCUCACAUUUUGUGUUGAGGGACAUUGAGAGAUUCCUAAUAGGAAAAUUAAAUCUUUUUUUUUUUUUUUUUUUUUUUUUUUUUGUAAAGUAUGGAAAUUUUAAUUUUAUCUUCCGUAGAUUUGUAUUAAUUUCUAUAAAUUGUAUUCAUAAUAAUUGGUGUACAUAAGAUAUUUGAAUUAGAACAUAUUCCUAUAAUUAAAAUGAAAUCUUUCAAAUUUUUAACCACUGCUCAUUGACAAAAAAUGAAUGUUGACAUGUAUGGGUUUGAGUAUUACAAUUUUAUUAGCUCACAUUUUAUUUCAAAAAGUAAUUUUUUUAAAAAUUUAUGUUUAUAGAAGUUUAUUUAAACUGAUAAAUCACUGGAAAAAAAUGAAUAGAAUGUUUUAUCAUUUAAAAAUGGUAUUGAAUUUGCUUUUAAAUAGCUGGGUAAAUAUGUUGAUCUAGUGUAAAAUGCUUUAUUUACAUUUAUAUCUACUUUAAUUAUGUAAAUAGUUCAUUUGGGUUUGAAUGCCUAGUGUAUGUCUCAUGUAGCAGUGAUAUGCCUCAGAAGGUUACAUGGUAAAUUUCUAGCUGUUUUCUGUGUUGUGAUUGUCAAACUAGAAGUAAGUGUUGCUAGUCAUCUUUUUCAGUUUUCAUUAUCUAACAUUUUAAACCAUAGUUUAAAGUAACUGAUUUGUUAUUUUUCUAACAUACAGCAACAUAUAUUUUAUAUAUGGAUAUUACUAAAGAGAUGCUUAUCUGAAUUUUGAAUAACUUUUCUUCCUUGAAGUGUACUUAAUAUUGCUUCUGAUGUUCUUUUUACAUCUAUGCAAACAUUUUGUAUUAUGUUUAAUGUUAAAAUAUUUCUUAUAAACUCUUAUGAGAGGAAGCAAUGUAAGUGAAGUAGUUGAAUAUUGAAUCGAAUUGCCAUUAAUUAGAAAUGAUAAUAAAAGUAAUUUUGCAGCACUGUGUAAUAUUAAAUUCAACUUUCUGUGUGAGAUGACUUGAAUAUAUGAACAUUAAAUGUGAAAUAUCUGAGAAAGAGAGAAUUUUUCCAAAUUUUAACAUUUGAUCAUGUGUUAUCUGAUCUGGGAACAAUUAAUAGAAAUUUACAUAUUUGUGUAUCUAUCUCAGUUGAAAUAUGAAUUUAUACUUAUAUUGAUGAGAGCUGAAUUUGAAUAAAAACACUGAGUAUGUAAAUUGUAUGAAGGAUUUGUUUUUAAUAUGCAUCUGGUAGAAUAUUUUACUUCUCUGAUAUGUAAAUUAAUGAAACAUUAAGUGAGAUGCCAUGAUAUAUUUACUGGGACAUGCCAUGAUGUAUUUCUUAGCAUGUUUUUAUCUUGAUGGGUCUUGUAAAUUUAUAAAUUUUUGUCAAGAAAAAAUGUAUGAGAUUGGUGAAAUUGUAUAUUUUAACUCAAUUUUCUUUAGAUAUAUCUCAAAUGUCUUAGAAGUGAAACCUUAAGGUGACUUAACUGUGUCUUAAUUCUUUAUAUGAAAAGACCAAGAAAUGUGCAAUUCCUAAUUUCAAAGUCGUGAAUGUAUCUGCUUCUGGAAUGUAAUAUUUUAGAAUUUUGUAAUGCUUGUUGUUACAUUUGCUUGUUUUGCAUUUUGUAAUGCUUGAGAUAGUUUUCUCUAAAUUGAUUAAUUUUGUUCUGGGGGAAAAAGGGUAUUCUUUUGUAUAACACUUUUACUGUGGAAAAAUGUGUGGACAGCAAGCAGUAAAAAAUUUUUGUGCAUUAGAUAGGUAUUUUUGUUUCAGAGUAAAAAUUUAUAAAAUUCUAAAUCAAAGCAUGUACCAGUGAAAUUAUUAAAACUGUCUCACCUCUCUUAAAAGACUUAAUAAGGUAAAAAAAAAAAAAAAAAAAAAAAAAAAAAAAAGUCUUCAUAUGCAUUUGAGCAUAUGAGGCAAACUUUCAUAUUGCAUUUUCAUUAAAUAAUCUGAGAUAUAUUUAGCUAUAUAAAAUAAGACCUCCUGCCAAUAUCUAUGUGUAGUGCCCGAUAUUUGACAGUUAGUAUCUGUAUGAAACUUGAAAUGUUUAUGAAUCUUUCAUAGCUGCCAACUCACUUGGUUUUUUUUAUCACAUCUUCCUGUUUCCCAUUAGAAUGCAAUCUCCCAGAUUUUAGUUUUUACUCUUUAAGAAAAAUGUUUUCUUGUAAUAAAUUAAAUUUGUUGGGUAAUUGAAACUUUAUGCAAAUUACAUUCUCUCAUUCCUGUCGAAUUUUAACCUAAUUUUUCUUAUUAAAUUUUAUGUGGUUUUAUUGUCUGAAUCUGUUUUAUGUAGGGCAUUUUAUGGAGAUGCAACCAAUGUUUAAUCAGUUAAUAUUAUAUUUAAUUUUGUUUUGGUGAAUAAAUGCUAUGUAUUAAUUAUAAAUUUUAUUACUUUAAUAAAUAAAAGCUUUUCUUCAGUAUCAAGAUAUUCUCAGCAUUUAAUAAAGUGUAAGAAAAUUAAAAAAGGAAAUCAGCUAAAGAAAAUAAAAUUUAGAAUAUAUAAUUAAAUAUUAAUAUGUUUUGUGUCAGAAUUAUAAGUAGUUCAACAAUGUGAAGCAUGCAUUAUAAAGUGAAUUAAAAUCAAUUUGAAAAACUCCCAGAAACUUCCAACUUUCAUAUAAGAACUUUGAUUUUUCAUAUUUCAGUGUUGGCAGCUAUGAUAUUUUAAUAAUAUGACAAUUUGUAUCAAAGAUAGGCUGCUUAAGCUUGCAGAUAAAAGUCUGUAAUAGCGAUGAUCUUAAGUUCUAGUUUAUUCAAUAUUUUUUAUUGGUUUACAAAUGCAUAAUGCUGUACUUAAUAAAUAUUUCCAUAAAAGAUGUGAUUUUCCAUUUUUUUUUUCCAGUAUCAGAUGCUAUAUCUAAUGAAUUUUUUUACUGCUGAAUGAAUUUUAAAGUUUUUUCUAUAUUUAUCUUUGAGGUAAUCAGAUGCUGAAAUUAUUUAAGUAAAAUUAAUAAAAGUGUCUUUUAAUUUUUUUCUUUGAGAAACUGGAGGAAAGUGGAUACUUUUCAUUAACAGAAAAUUUUAAUUUGCGAGUCUUGCUGCGUGUAAAGAAUUUGAAAAGAAUAUUUUUAUCUUCACUUUUAUUGCUUUUCACAUUAAAAAGAUGUUAAAUCACAUAAAGAAAUUUAAAAAAUUGAAUGAUUGGAUAUUUCUUUUGAUUAUCAUAUUAAACAUGUAAUAAACUAUUAGUUAUUGAUGGUAAUCAAUGGAUUUAUUUUUACAAUUGAAAACUAAGCAGCAAUUUGCAGUGCCCAUUAUUUUUAGUUGUGUACUCUGAAAUAUUAAUUUUAUGUAUCAUAUCCUUUUCAGGUAGAGUAUGCAUUUAUGUCGUUCCUCAGGGUAUUUUGUUCUUAGACACAUUGCGAGAGAAAUAAUGAUUUCAGUUGUGUUUUUGUAUUAUUACUUAUUCAUUUUUAAUUCAUACAAAAACUAAAAUUGCCCCUUCUGAAUUUGCUGAAUAGGUGCAUUUAAUCUUUCUAUCAAAACAAACUUUUAUUUUAUAUUUAUAAGUGUAAGAAAAAAUGUCUUGCACAUUAAUAAGCACUUUGGGGGUGGAGGUAAAACUAUGAGCAAUAGUUCGAAACCCUUAAUUUAGAAAUAUGUCUUCUCAGGAUGUCCAGGAAACAUCUCAUUUAAACUGUCUUCUCAUUACAAAAAAUUCUCACAGUUCUCAUUUUAAUAAAUUAUUUCCUCGUCAGAUCAAUAAUCAGAAUUUGUUUAUAUUGUACAGAAGAAUAACAGUAACUUUGGCAUCUCAUUAUCAUCAAAUCACUAAAAAAUUUGUUGUGAAAAAUGAAUUUUUCUUAUAGUUGAUAAAAAAUUAAUUUCUAUUUUCUCCAUUUUUUCUAUGUGUAUAAUAAUAAUUUUUUUUUAAUCCAUAGAUCAAUGUAUUUCUUCUUAUACCACUUUUUUCCCCGUCUUUCCUUCCUAUAUUUUUUUCUGUGAAUAUAUUUCAGUGCCUUCAUUAUUGAUUAAAUAUAUUUUAGUGAAUAUGUGUUGUGAUGAAGCAUUACAAAAUAUAUAAUAAGAUUACAUUAGUAUUCAUGAUUUUGCUCAAUAUUUAUAGCACCAUUUUAUUGAAUCCAUUGGUAUUUAUGUUGAAACUUUAUACUAAACUGUGAUAAAUUAUCCUGAAAAUGUACAGGGAUCUUUAAUAAAUUAGUUAUUUUGAAAUUAUUUUACGUACUUCAGAAUUUUAUUUAUUGUAAAUAAUUACAAUUCAUGUAUAUGAAGAAUUAAACUGUGAAAAAUGUGUGUCUUUGUGUGUACUGAAAUUUGUAAUUUUCUUAAUUUAAUAAUAAUUUUGAUAGCAUCCAAACUUUUUUAAUUUUUAAAAAUUUUAUUUUAAUAAGAAUCACAGCAUUUUUUUAAUAAUGAAAAGAAUUGCUCCUUUUCCCAUUCAUGCAUGAAAAUAAACAUAGGAUAAAUUAUAUAUUUUGUAAUUAUUUGUUGUAAUUUUAUGAUAUGUGACAUCACUUAUACGGUGUUUUACAAUCACAAAUUUUAUUGCAAGUAAUAUAAUCAAAGAAUUUUGCAGCAAUUUUUUAUUCAAAUUAUGUGGAAUGUACCUGUACACUACCCGUGUAAAACUAUAAUUUAUAUAGCAUUUUUGUUUAUUCAUUAUAAUGCUAUGUGAUAUUGUUUGAUUUAUUAUAUAUUUCUCAUUUUAUAUAUUCCACACUUAAAAUUAAAAAUAUAUGUUGCUUGAUCGUGUCACGUUAAUGAGCUAACUUAUUAACUAAAUGCUGCAAAACUCCUUUUAACUAUUUUACCUUAUAGCUGAAAAUGGUCUUUAUUUAAUUUUAUUUUCCUUAAAAUGAAUGUAAUAAUGUAAAUAUAUAAGAAGAUUAUGAUUACAUUAUAUGAUUUCAUGUUAAUAUGUUUAGUCUAAUUCUUUUUAAAUAUGAUUUCUUUAAUAUUUUGCAUUAAUUCCUUCUGAUAUCAUCUUAUAUACAGAACAGCAUGUUUCUUUGUUUAAAAAAGGAUUGAAAAAUUGAAGGUUUCUGAGUUAUUUCAUUAAUGUUUAACAUCUUAUGAAACAGUUACUGUAAGUUUGGAAUAAAAAUUAUUAUUGUGCUGAACUUAUGUACUGCUUUUGAUUAUGCUGUAAAUUUCUGCAUAUAAUUUUUUUUAGCAGUUUUGUUCAUUUAUUUUAAAUUAUAAGUAAAAUAUACAGAAAAAUAAAUAGCGUAUUGUAUUGGGUUAAGUUAAAUUUUUGCUAUUAUGUUGCCAUAUUCCCCUAUAAAAUUUUAUAUGUUGAAGAGUAUAUCAAGAUUAUGGCUAUGAAAUUUAGAUAUUUCAUAUACAGACAUACUGAAAAAAAAUAUUUAAAAUUUUUUUAAACUUAAAUAUUGAAGAAUAUAAAUUUAUUAUAUCAAUCAGAUUCUUCAUAAAUAUUAUUAGAAUAUAAAUUUUACAAAUAAGGUCUUUUUGUCCCUUCUUUUUCUUUCUUUCCUUUGAAGCUUAUGUGAUAUGUAAAAUGUGGUUUAUGCUUUUGUAUGCAUAUUAGCUGUAUUGAGAAAGAAGUUUUAAAAUGUAAUUAAUUGUAUACUUAAAAUGCAGUAAAACCUCGCCAAGUUGAUGCAUUAUGUGGUAAAUGAUUUAUAUGCAGGUAUGGAGAGAAUUUGAAAUACAUUUUAAUUGUUAUGAAUUUUCUUUAAAUUUAGAAGAAAAUGAUUUAAAUUUUUUAAUCCAAUGAAUUUAUAUAUACUCUGCCUCUUUUUCUGUUUAUAAUAUUAACUUACAUAUAAAUCAACAUUUAUACUAUGCAUAAGUACCUUACAUUUGGUUACAAUGCAUUUUUUUUUUUUUUUUUUUUUUUCUAAACAUGUUUAAGAAAGUUCUGAAAAGUAUUUUGUCCCACCCCAUUUUUUCCCCCUCUUUUGACAAACUUAAAUGUUACUUGAGUCUUUCAAAUCAGCUUCUGUGCCAUCUUAAACUCUGAUAAAUUGAAACUUGAUCUAUAGCUUGCAAAGCUUUUUAUGUUACACUUAUUUUUAAAUUUAUCUUCUGAGCUUUAUUUUCUCAUCUGUAGUAUCCAUAAAUUUAUGGGGCUGUGUUUAUGUAAUAGCUAAAUCAUUAUUGAUAUUUAUUAGGUAUUGCCCAAAUUCUGAAUCUUCUUUUUCUGAAUUAUCAGUCAUUGCAUGUUCUUAAAAAUGUAAUAAACAGGUGAUUUUGUUGAAAGGGAGAGGAACUUAUGUCAACUUAAGUGGAUUUCCAUUUGCCAGUAUAAAGGUAACAGGUUUUCUCUCCAUAACAAAAUGGUGGUUAGAAUUAAAACACCCUUACUCUGAGCUCUCUGUACAUCGAACUACUGAGUGAAAAGGUACCAGAAUUGUUGAACAUGCUAGUUAAGACAUGCGGAAACGGAUUACGUAAAAAAAAAAAAAGAAUAAGUUCCAGAAACACCAAUAAAUGGCGCUGUACAACAGAAAAUAUGCAUAAGGACACAAAAUACACAUAUGUAACACAUUUUAUUCGAACAUACUAAACAUUCGUAUCACAGAUGACCUUAUCGAUGCAGGGAAAGCUGCUCAAUGUGGUUCCCUUCUUCAAGAUGUAAAAUCUGCAAUCUGUGGACAGCUUGUUCAACUGUGGAUUGUAAUGGGUUGAUUGAGAUGCUUCUCACAUGCAGAGUGAUACUGUCUUUCAAAUCUGCAAAGGUUAUCAAACAUUCUCUGUAAACAAGAUUUUUUUAAGUAACCCCACAGCCAAAAAUCACAGGGAUUAAGAUCCAGAGAGCGAGAUGGCCAGGUUGUCAGAAAUGCAUGACUAAUUACUCUAUCAUUUGUAAAAUGCUGCCAAAGAAACCUCUGUAAACAGAGUCCAAUGUGCUCCAUCUUGCAUAAAGGUAAUUGAAUCAAGACAUUAGUGCUGUUGCAUUUGGGGUACAACAGAAUUUUCGAGUAUGUUUAUGCACCUCCUGGCUGUCACGGUGUAUGUCACAGGGCCAUCAUGCAUAGCCUCUUCAAAAAGGAAAGGUCCAAUAAUGAAUAUGGCUGUGAAUCCUCACCAAACUGUAACUUUUGGUGAGUGAAGUGGAAUCCCUGGAAGGUAUAGGGUUUUCCAUGUCCCAAAUGUGACAGUUAUAGAUGUUAACACUUUACCGACCGCUAGCGGUUCAACAGCAUAUGCACCUCUGCUCAGCCGCAGAUUCUUCAUGUUCUAAAUAACUGUCAGGACAAUCUGAUAAAUUGUCUAAAUAAAACUCUCCAGUACCAUUUUUUUCGCUCAUCGUGAACGGAAUUUUUUUAAAAAACGGUGUGAAAAAUGUGGGAGUUUAUGAAGCAACACACAUAACGCAAGUGAGCAAUGUACAUCAAUACUAAUAAUAAAAUGCAGAUGAUAUAGCAAAUGGCAAUUGUUUAUCGCAAUGGCUACCGAUUGAUAGGCUAUUUUUAGGUAGUCCCGAGAAAAAAGCAAUUAAUAGGGUAUCGGUCCAUAGGCGUUGCCUAAAAAAAGCCGAUUAGUAGGCGAUCGGUCGGUAGACUUUGGUGAUGAAAAGCCGAUUAAUAGGCUAUCGGUUGGUAGGUGUUGGUGAUAAAAAGCCGAUUAAUUAGGCUGCCGGUCGGUAAUGUGUUAACUGUUCCACUUAAAUGGAAAUGUGCAUCAUCGCUCUAUACAAUAUGCUGUGGCCGCUAUUCAUCCACUUCGACUCUAGCCAGAAAUAUUGAUGCAAAGGUCAGUCACUUCUUCCUGUCAAUGCUGAUUAUGACAAAUUUUGUACGGUAAAAAUGCACCAUUUUUCUCAAUACGUUCUGCACUGUACUGUAGGGAAAGACCCAGGUGCUGUGACACCGCAAGUGCACUACUACAUCCUAUAAUGUUAUUCAUUGAUUGUUCAACAAUAGUGGUGGCAGUAUGUUCAAUAACAUCUGAACAAAUCGACUUGUGUCCUCGACCCGGCUGAAUUCUAAGAACUCCAGUUUUCUUGAAUCGAGCAAUCAUCCUCCUGAGAGCUUGUGAAAGUAAUGGUCCUUUGUGUAAAUUCUUAAAUCAACGAAACUCUAAGUGUAGCUGCAGCAUUUCCUUUGUUUUCAUAAAACAGCUUUACAAGCAAAGUGCGUUCUAGCAGUGUGACAGCCAUCGCUGAUAAAAAUUACCUUUUCCCAGUUUUAUCCCCUUUUAUGCCCAAAACAGUAGCCGUGAACCAGGGUUUUAUGUGAAUUUUUGUGCUUAUAGUGCAAAAUUGUAGUUACAAUGACAGUUUAAGUUUCUUCACUUUUUUAUCUCCUUUUUUUCCCUAUCAGCAAUAGAAAUUAAAAAGCAAAAAUUCCAUACUGCAUGUGAUUAUUUGUCUCUUUUUAUCAUAUUUUCUGUUGUACAGCACUAUCCAUUAAUGUUUCUGAAAUUAAUUUUUUUUUCGUGUAAUCCAUUUUCCCAUGUCUUGAUUAGUAUAUUCACCAAUUUUGGAGCCUUUACACUCAGUAGUUCAAUAUAUAGAGAGAUCAGAGUAGGGGUGUUUUAAUUCUGACCAUUCUGUGUAUUCACCAAACAGAAUUUUAAGGAAAAUCAAAUCACUGGAAAUGUUGACUUAUUGAUGGUUGAGAUAGCGAGGUUUCACUGUACUUAAAAUUCUGUGCAAUAUUCCUAGGAAAUAGCAAUUACAGCCAAAUUUAUGAGGUAGUCAUUUUACAUUGUGUUCUGGAAAAAGAUAUCUGUGAUCAAUAUCAAUUCUUUUGUCUAUUUCAAUUCUCUGUUGCACUUUUAAUUUAUAAAAUUAUUUAUGAAAUGGAGGGAAAACAAGAAAUGUAUGUAAAUAUUUCGGGUACCUUCUGACUGAAAAUAAUAUGCUAAAGAAAUAUUAUAUUGAACUGAAUAGUAAAAUACAAUAAUAGAUAUUAAAUAUUAAGACUAGGACUACUUUCCAUCAAGUUUUGUGUGCAUAUUCAAACAUGUAUGUAAGGAAAGUUAUAUGUAAAAAAAAUUGGUGUAAUUUACUAUUUUCUGUUAUUUUCAUGUUUUUUUGAGGGGUAUUUGUUGUUAUUGCGCUGGUGUAAUAACAUUAUGAGAAGAACUAAGUUUAAACUUUUGAGGUAGUUGCAAAAUGUUAUGGUCAGAAGCUUUUUUAUUGAUCGACAUAAAUGAAGUUUCUUAUAUGACACUAGUUAGUAACUUCAUUUCUUUUUUCUAUGAUAUAAAUUUUUAAACAUUAUUAUUAUUAUUAUUAUUAUUAUUAUUAUUAUUUUGAAAAAAGUGUAAUCCAUUUUUGUACAUAUGUAUACCAGAUUUGGAAAAAUGCCAAAUCAGGUGGUUGUGAAAAUCACAUUCCAGGUUGUAAUUACAUAAUACUGUUAUGUAUAUUUGUCACCAUUUGUAAUGUCUCUUAGAAGGUAAUCAAGUUAUGAAAGAAUAAAAAUUGUUUUCUUUUGCA